AUCAUUCCAACCUCCCUCCCUCCCUCCUCCGCCCCACCUCGCCGGCGUCCUCCGCUGCCUCCCUCGGGCCACCCACCGUAGCUCGCUCGCUCGCUCGCUCGCGCGCGCGUCUUCGGUCCAGUACGGGAGCAGGCGAGAGGGAACUUCUCAACGGCCGGACCGGCGGCACCCACACACCUCCGAUCUCGGGUUCUAUCAACAUUGAUGAUUAUAAUGUAGAAAAUUCUUGGAGGAGCCAUGCCAUCCAGUGACAAGCAAUUAGCAUUCUCGGUGAAAAUAGCAUCAUCGCCUGAGCUGCUAAACAGAGGUACAACCGUCGUAAAUAUGUCUCAAGGCACUUCUCUGCUGCCAAAGGAUAAAGGUCCUGCUGAAGAUUCAGUAAAGGUUGUGGGUACAAAACGGCUGCAUACUGAUGCUCCUUCAGGCCCUGUUUAUCAUAAUGUUUAUGUACGACGAAAAGUGGAGUCUGAACAUAGUAAAGUUAGCUCCUCUCAGGAGUUGAAGGGUAAUGGAAGAGACAAAACAAAAGAGCAGCAGGACCUGAAAAAUGUGGAAAACAAACAUAGUAAAGAUAAUUCUACUCAAGAGUUGAAGGGUAAAGGAAUAGAGAAAAUAAAAGAGCAGAAGGAACAGCUAAAUAAGGAAACUGAACAUAGUACAAUGAACUCUUCUCAAGAGUUAAAGGAUAAUGGAAGCGAGAAACCGCAAGAGCAAGAAGAACAGCAGGUGCAACAUGAUCAGGCCAGUAAGCCAGAAAUGCCACCCCCUACUGCUGAAUCUGGAAUAAAAGAGCUGGAGGAGCAGCAAAAUAUGGAAACUGAACAUAGUAAAAUAAACUCUUCUCAAGAGUUGAAGGAUAAUGGAAGCGAGAAAUGGCGAGAGCAAGAAGAACAUCAGGUGCAACAUGAUCAGGCCAGUAAGCCAGAAAUGCCACCCCCUACUACUGAAUCUGGAAUAAAUGAGUUGGAGGAACAGCAAAUGGUGCAACAUGACCAGGUCAAUAAGCCGGAAGUGCCACCUCUAAUUGCUGAAUCUGGAAUAAAGGACGAGGGACAACAAAAGGUGCAACAUGAUCAGAUCAAUCAGCCAGAAGUGGCACUGGAAGUGCAACCUUUAAUUGCUGAAUCUGGAAUAAAAGAGGAGGGGUGGCAAAAGGUGCAACAUGACCAGGUCAAUCAGCCAGAAGUGGCACCUCCUAUUGUUGAAUCUGGAAUAAAAGAGGAGGAACUGCAAACAGUGCAACAUGAUCAGGUCAAUAAGCCAGAAGUGGCACCUGCUAUUGCUGAAGCUGGAACAAAAGAGGAGGAGCUAAAGGUGCUUAAUGAUCAGGUCAAUACGCCACAAGUGGGACCUUCUGUUGCUGAUUCUGGGGGUUUAGUGCCAUCUGAAAUGGCGCCUCCCAUUGCCAAAUUUGUAGGACUAGUACCAUCUGAAUCUCCUGAAAAAGCAAAUGCUAUACUUGAGGAAUAUGAGCCUGAUGUUGCUUCUGCUAAUGAGCCACCGGCUACUCCUGGUACAGCCGUUCAAGGUGAUAUCCAUAGCUCAAGCAACCAAAAUUCGUACUGGAGCGAGAGAUAUAAUCGAUUGCAGACAUACUUGGAGAACUGUGAUCGGUCAUCCCAGGAGGGUUACAUGCGAAUGCUUAGAUCGCUCUCAGCGACUGGUCGAAGCAUGCAUGCAAUUGAGCUGGAGAAAAGGGCAAUACACCUCCUAGUGGCGGAAGGUAAGGAGCUACACCGGAUGAAGGCUUUGAAUGUUCUGGGGAAAUCUCCUCCAAAUGGUUCGUCAAAGCAGCGGUAGUGCCAGGAAUGAGACGCCCGGAGAAAAAACUGUAGAGCUGAAAAGGGACUUGCUCAUGUAUAAAUUGCAGAAAGGACAUGUUCUGCUCCUGUAAUAACUCUUUUUCUGUUAAAGGGCCAUCCAUUGCCAUGCAGUUCAUUUUUCCUCUCUCCUUUUGCUCUUGCAUACUCGCUCGCCCUUGUGCUCUGGGUUUGUUGUAAUAUGAUGUAGUUAUAAGAGUAACUCGUCAAGGUCUAA